UACCACGGGCAGCCUCCAAGGACCUUUCCUGGUCUUGAUCAGGGGCCAAAUACGAUAUCUUUCUUGGAAUGUCUUGCUUGAGUCGCCAUAUUUCUCCGCUUUUCGUUUCCUCAUUGAUAAAUUAUCGUUCCGUGAAUCUCCCCAGGCCAGACCUGCCAACUCUAUAUAAAGGAACCAGAGCAACAACAUUUUGCUUAAAGAGAAAACAAUGGCAGAGAACAAAAACCAGAAGCAUUUUGUUCUAGUACAUGGUAUGUGCCAUGGAGCUUGGUGCUGGUACAAGCUCAAACCCCAGCUGGAGUCUGCUGGUCACAGGGUCUCGGUGCUCGACCUUGCAGCCUCUGGCAUCAACAUGGAGGCAAUCCAAGAUGUUCGUACAUUUCAUGAAUACACCAGACCUUUAUUGGGGUUUUUGGCCUCACUCAAUGAAAGGCCAAUAGUUGUGGGGCACAGCCUUGGAGGCAUGAGUUUGGCCCUGGCCAUGGACUUGUUCCCCAACAAGAUUUCAGUUGGUGUUUUCCUAACAGCGUUCAUGCCAGAUACUACACACCACCCAUCAUAUGUUAUUGAUAAGACCUCAGCGGAAGGCUCAGAAGAGGAUUUUCAAACUGUAACCAUUGGCAGCCCAGAACAACCUCUGACGGUAGUAACUAUGGGGCCCAAGUUCUUGGCAUCUCAGCUCUAUCAGCUAUCCCCUGUUGAGGACCUGGAACUGGCUAAAACUCUGGUCAGGCCAGGAUCAGUAUUUCAACAAGAUUUGUCGAAGGCCAAGAAUUUUUCGAAUGAAGGGUAUGGAUCUGUGACGAGAGUUUUUGUUGUGUGCGAUGAGGAUAAAGCGAUAAACCUGGAAUCCCAACGCUGGAUGAUUCAGAACAAUCCGCCCAAAGACGUAGUGGAGAUCAAAGGUGCAGAUCAUAUGGCAAUGUUCUCCAAGACCAAACAACUUUGUGACACUCUCUUGGAUAUUGCAGAUAAAUACGCCUAAUAUUAGUAUAGUAUUAAAUUAAUAAACAAGCUCUAGCAGCUUUUCAAAAAAAAAAAAAAAAUAAACAAGCUAUAGCUCUGUUAAUUAAUAACAUUCCUCUCAUCAGAUAUCAUUGUAUUAUGAUGAUAUACAUAUACUAAUAAUUUCUUUAACAAUGAUGAUAGUGUAAUGAAAUAUGGGAUUGGUACUUCAAAAA